AGAUUUUACACUCACUUAUAUAUAUUUUGAAUACAAUAAAGGUAAAGGUGAGACGAUUGAGACGACUCUAGCAGCUCUUCAAGUCGUUCCCGAACCCUUCCGUAGCUUCAGCAACACGCUGGUGGACGUCUGCGCAUACGCAGGCUCCGGGAACGUGCUGAAGGUGCAGCAGCUGCUGCAUAUCUGCAGCGAACACUACGACAACAAGGACAAAGACGACGAUAAAGACAAGAAAGACAAAAAAGACAAAGAUAAGAAGGAGACGACGGCAGAUAUGGGCUCCCAUCAGGGUGUGGCGGUGCUGGGCAUCGCUCUCAUCGCUAUGGGUGAGGAGAUCGGCUCAGAAAUGGCCCUGCGCACGUUUGGUCACCUGCUGCGUUACGGCGAGCCCACGUUAAGGAGGGCGGUGCCUUUAGCGCUCGCUCUGAUCUCCGUCUCGAACCCGAGGCUGAACAUCCUGGACACGCUCAGCAAGUUCUCCCACGACGCCGACCCCGAGGUGGCCCACAACGCCAUCUUCGCCAUGGGCAUGGUGGGCAGCGGCACUAAUAACGCGCGUCUGGCGGCGAUGCUCAGGCAGCUGGCGCAGUAUCACGCCAAAGACCCCAACAACCUGUUCAUGGUCCGACUCGCACAGGGUCUCACUCAUCUGGGGAAAGGCACGCUGACGCUCUGUCCGUAUCACAGUGACCGGCAGCUCAUGAGUCAGGUGGCUGUAGCUGGACUCCUCACGGUCCUUGUGUCCUUCCUAGACGUCAAGAACAUAAUCCUGGGGAAGUCUCAUUACGUUCUGUACGGGUUGGUGGCAGCGAUGCAGCCUCGUAUGCUGGUCACAUUCGACGAGGAGCUCAGACCGCUGCCGGUGUCUGUGCGAGUGGGACAGGUGCGUGUCU